GAGAAUCUGUCAAACUGGAGCAAACGCAAUCGCUGGCGGGAAUGUUGAAUGUUUACAAACGUUUCGUGUAUUUUCCUGUAGAUGCGUGCGCUGGUCCUGUCCGGCUAUGGUCCGUUCGUUUGUUUAAUUUGUUCUCUCAACAUUUACUGAAAAAUGCUUUCACAUCUUGCGACAUCCGUGAUCAAGCUCGGUCAAAAACGGCAAAACGAUGAGUUGAAGGAAAUGCUGGAGAAGCUGCAAUCAUCGCAACUUAUCGAUAUGGUUGUGUCCAGCAUCGAUUCCAUCGAUGGCUACACACUUUGGCACUUUACCCUACUCGGACUGGCACACUCCGAACGAAGCGCCAACAAACGAUUCGAUCUCGUUAUGGCCGUGCUACAGCACCUGAACGUUGUGGAGCUAUCGACGAAGCAAAUAUUCGAUUUGAUCGCGCGGUUCUUGACCGAUCUGCCGUCCCUUACUCCGGAACAGUUGGUAGACAUUUGUGAGCUCUGCGUCGAAUCCAUUCGGGCCGGUGAUCCCAAAUGUACUACGACCUGGAAACAUUUGCUGCCCCAAACGAUUCUCCAACUGUUGUCGGGCAAUGCGGCGGGCAGAUUUAACGCCAACGGUAUGCUGCUGACCGGUGCCGACUACCGGCAGAAGGUGUUGGAAGAAAUUUUUAAAAUGAAGCUACAGCUAUCCAUCCUUACGCCGCUAUGUGGCAUGUUCCGAGAUUUAACGCUUUCGAAGGACGAAACGAGCAUCUUUGUUACGAAAGUGUCGGACAGUCUGAAGAAUAUCGAACCGCUGGAGCUGCCACCGUUGGCGUGUCAACUGUUUCACGUUUGCCUGAAGCAUCCGAGCCUGCUGGUGAUCCCGCUCAUGGCGCUGCAGAAAUAUUUCCACAAAAACUACUACAAAAAGCUGUUGUCGAAUGAAAACAGUGACACGACGGAUUUCGACAGCAUUGAUCGCUAUUCCGACACCGAGAUACGAGAGGCGGAAGAAACCAUCCUGUUUCAUCUGUCGAACGUGGUCGAGUUUCGCAUCGAUGAGGCACAAACUGUAGCGAUGUUUAAACCAUUUCAAAACAACCCGGAAGUGUUGCUUACACCCUUUCUGGUGGGUUCGUUGCUUGCGAUGAGCAAAAUUAACCGCCAGCCGGACACAACCGAUGUCGUCGCAUCGCCCAUUAUGGCAUUCCUCAUCAAGCUAAUAGCGAUCAGCGAGAAGGAGCGAGAAAUGUGCACUCAGUCGGCCUGGUGCCGUGGCCGCAUUGAACCGAGCGUGAUCGCACGUAUCGAUCAGCUGUUUAGCACGCUGACCGAGAACAGCCAGGAGGGCAAGGAAGUGGUAACGCCGGGGCUUAUAAAUUUCGCUUUCGCACUGCUGCUAGCAAAAAAGCAAACGAAGCUGCACGGCAUAGCGAUCAACUUCUUUCAGCUGUUCAUCAAGAGACGGUUCAUCUUUGGCAGCGGCAUCGUGGCAAAGCUAAAGAAGUAUCUGUUUGCCGAUCUGGAAGAAUCGCAGUUCAACACUUGCUUGACGACGCUCAGCCUAACCAACGCGCUAACGGUGUCCGAGUGUACAAACACGAUCCAGUUUAUCAUGGACUACUUAUUGUUGAUCAACGGCACCCAUGCAAUGCGCUUCAUGGCGUUCAUCUUUCCGCUGCUUCGAAUUUCGCACACGAUCCGCGAUCGAUACAUCGAAGUGUUGCGCAAGGCCAUGUACCACGGUGAAACAUCAACACGCAUUAUGGGUGUGUUUGGGUUUUGCUCGUUACUGAAGCAGCUGAAGAACAACAAUGCCCGUCGCUCGAUCAUGGGAAACGGGGCCGGCAACUAUACCCAGCUAACCAUCUCCGGUAUGUCGUUACUGUCACAAGCCGCGUAUGGCUCACAGAACAAUCCGAACGUCCAUUUUGAUAUGCUAACGCUUGAAAUAAUGGGAAUGCUACGCAAAUGUUUCACACAGACGGUUGAAGUAAGGGAAAUGCUGUACGAAGCACUUGGCCGGGCAGUCGAGUUUAAUACCCAGCUGUUGCCGCACGUGUUGCAGUUUAUCGACUGGCACUUUGAAAGCUUUUUCGGUGAAAAUCCACAAGAAUCGUUUCGAAUUGAUUUCGAAAAGUGUGUCCGUUACAAGGGUGGUGAACUGCACGAGGAUGAGGAUGCAUCGGCCGACGGGCAGCGGUCGGUUGUGGUGUACGACAACAUCGGACGGCUGACGGUGUUUAUGGUGCAUUGCGUAGUGCUUUGCGAUCAGCACGAUGUUCAGCAUGAUACGGGCGCGGUGAAAAGUACGCUCCAGCUCAUCGUCGAACGGAUUGACAAUCUUAGCACAGAGGAUAUGGGAAUACUCGGAACAUUGGACUCAAAAGGUGCUAUUAUUGCUUCGCAAUACUUAAAUACACUCGAAGCCGCUAUGGCAUUCUGUGCCUGGAAGACAAAGCCGGACAAUGUUUUGCUACGAGACUUUGUACGACUGUUUAAGCAUCAUCAGCAUUCUCUGGAGAAGUUUAAGAAAAUGGAACCGAAAAAGGGAAACAAAAAGAACGCAUCGUCGGAAGUCUCGAUCAAUGCAUCAACAAUAGCCGGUUCGUUAAAGUCAGGAAUUGCCUUCAAGCCAGAAAACGUGUGGGAUUUGGCUACUGUCGAGAGAGUGCUACGAAUAUCGCUUGACACCAUGACAAACUACGCUAAGGAAGAGGAUCUGAAAAUGUUCCGCGGCAACCGAGAUCUGCAGCAGUACGUGCUGAAGAUUGCCUGCCAGAAGCUGGAGGCUUUACGAUCGCUUCCCGACUAUUGGCAGGUGAAUCACAGCAAACGCAUUUUUAGCCAUCUGGCAGAGUGCACCAAGCUGGUGUACGAUCGCUGCAUAAAGAAAACGAGCGAGCUGAUCGGAAACGGAGGUUUGCUCGUGGCCCAGACCGCUGUAGAAUGUUUCCGGCAGGGUCUCACAUCGGCGGCCGAACUGUACGAACGAAAGUUUAACGAUUUUCUACAACUGAUAUGUUGUACGAUUGGACCUUCCUUCAAGAAGGAACUGUUACUGCAGCUACAGACCAUCAUCGAUGAGUACUUCAGGGAUGACUCCGACCCGGAACCGGUUGGAGAGAAAAUCAUCGUAGGGCUGGUACAAUGCUUGGAAAUAUUGUACAAAUCGCCCAUCGUCACCCAAGACCAUCUCGCGCAAGGGUACGAUUGGUUGCAAAACUUUUGCAUCAACACCAAGCUGAAGCGUAAAUCGUUCGCCAUCGUGCAUCGCUUGCUGUUCGAGUUGCGCAUCCGCACCCAGACGGGAGCGUACUUCGAUUCGAUAGCGAUGCGGUUGGAGCUAAAGUUCGGUCAAAUAGCGGCCGAAGAAACGAACCCAUUGUUCUACUUUAAAUCGAUCACUUCCGCCACAGCCGAACCCACGUUCCACUGUGUGUGUGCGAUCUUUCGACAGCAGCUGGACGAAAUCGAGCAUUUGAUCCUGCGCACCAACAGCCUUAUGAUACGUUUGAAAGUGUUUGGACUGGAUGAUACGGAUGAAACGUCACAGCUACUGAAGUCGAUCGAACGAUCUGUUUGCUCGCAGCUGGUGCACAUCCUCGGUUCCUUAACGCAUUUGUGCAACGCGAAUCUGCCCCUUGGCUCAACUAUGGAUGCGUUAAUCAAACUGUUGCUUUCGCUUUACGCGUGUCUUGCCAACUUAAGCAAACACUUUCUGGCUCGUCACGCGAUCGUCCCGAUUGCUUACGACGUUACCAAGUUCAAUCUCGUAGUGAAAUCGUCCAAACCACUCGCAGCGAAAAUUUACGAUCUAAUACCGUUCGUCGAGGAGAACAUUAUUGGACAGGACGAGGAAGGGGAGCAGCAAAAGGCUGCUGCUGCUAGUUCGGCGGCGAAGGCAAAGUCCAAUCGCGACAAGGUACUACGCCAGACGAAAUUGAUCCCCAAGCUUGUGUUCCGCAUCGAGACGUUCAACAAGAUUGUGAUGCAGCUAAGCAAAAAGACGAAAAAGGAUUUAACCUACCUGCUGCACAUGGGAACGGUGCGGGACUUUCGCAUCAAGACCUCGGCGCUGGUGGAAGCGAUUCAGAGGACGGUUUCGGACAGGGCGGACGGGGGAGAGAUGUCCGAUGAGGAAGCGGACGAACCGCAGUUGGAUCGGACCGUGGACGACGAUGAGGAUGAGGAAAACAUCAAUCGUACCGCUUGCUCGAACAGAUCGGAAGUGGCUGGUGGUGCUGUUCAGGAAACGCGAAGCCACAAGUCCAACCUAAGCGCGGAAGCUUUGGCGUUGAAAAAUCUCGCCCGCCUGAAUGAGCGUACCAGAAAGGCGGCCAAAAAACGCGCGUUUGAAAGUGUAAAAGAUGUGGAAGAGAUACCGCCGGUGGUGAGCAAAAAGGCGAAACCUAUCAAAAAGAAAGCAACCGGCUCAAAAACCAACAAGCGUGCGCUGGAAGAGGUCGGUGCGGUAGAGAAUGUGGAGAGUGUGGCAGCUGCAGAGGUGCAAGAUGUGCAAAGGGAGGAGGGUCAGCCGGUAACACGCACCCGCACCCUAGGACUGCCAAGACGGAGCGCAAGAAAGCAUGACAUGUAAUUGGAUGAGAAGCUAGCGGGAAAAGGGGCGUUAAUGUGAAUAUAUAGCUUUAUCGUUCACGGUUCUGUGGUUUCUCCGUGUGUACUCCGAAACAUGACUCUAGACUGCUAGACGGCGCAGUGUGCUAGAGUUUCGCCCUCCAUAUCCCCUGGUGUGGUGAGUCUUACUGCACACCGUGGAACGAACGGUUGGAUGGAUUAUUGGAAUGGAUUGUUUUAGAAAAGAAGAGCAGCAAACCGACCAAGAAGUCAAGAUGAAGGACGAGGAAUGCAGAUUGUGCUUAGCCGCUUUGGAUCCGGACGAUUGCGGUUACUCAAUAGCAAAAAACGCUCGGUUCCGGAAGGCUCUGGAGCAAGUGUUUACAUUCAAAAUAAGUUUUGAAGCAGCUGAUUUGCCCGAGUACACUUGUAAGCAGUGUUCUUGGAAUGUAUUGGAUUUUCAAAGCUUCAGCGAACUAGUUAAAGCGAAUCAAGAAAAACUGCAGGAAAGAUCACAGCGGGUGGACGGGCAUGGCAAAAGUAUUGCCGAAAUAGCUUACGUCGAUGAUGAGGCUCGCAGUGAAGGAAGCGCUACCGCAGAUGACUCUGAGCCCGUGAACAGUUUCCAGUCAGACGACUUGGAACGUUCUGUUCAUAAUGUGCAGGAAGUGUAUGAAAUCCCUCAUCCUGAUCAUGUGUAUGCAGCAACAGCAGAUCAGAAUGCUGACCAACGGUGCAGUCCAGUUGUGAUUUGUGAAGAAUAUCUUAUCACUGCAAACGAUGCAGAGCCAGCGGACUACACCAGUAACGACGAGCCUUACGACAGUAAUGAACCUCCGACGAAGAAACAAAAACUGCCAACCGGUACUGUGUUGGCAAGUGAAAACAAUAACGUAGAACCGCACCGCAGGAGUGACGCGAACAAUGUACCAUUUUCAUCCAAAACGUUCCCCUGUGAGCAAUGUGAUAGGGUGUUUGAAUCAAAAUGGCAGGUAGAAUAUCACAAGCAGGAACAUGUCAUAUCGAAAUGUAUGUUUUGCAAAAAACCUGUUCCCUUAAAGCACUACAAUCUACACAUGACAACCCACAUAGGCGAUUUUAACUGUAAUUUGUGUAACAAAAAGUUUUUAAGCCAGCGAGACUUUAAGUACCAUAAGAAAGCAUGCAAGGAGCCUAGAUAGACCGGUGUGUGUGUGUAUGAGCAAGAUCAAAACAAUAUAUUUAGUUGCAAAAAAAAACCAUAUCUAAAUAAAAAGAUUGCCGUCCACAAACUGCAA